GGAACUUUCCUAAGUCAGAGACUUUAGGACACGGGACCCAGAACCAGAUGGUCCGGAGGAGAGGCGCCAGCUCCCGCCGCAGCUCCAGGAGCGGUGAAGCCCCGCCGCGCAGCAGGAACUGAUCCAGCCCAGGUGGGCAGCGCAGCCGGGGGCCGUGCCCAGCGCCAGAGACUGAGGCAGGGUCUGGACCCCCCCCACCCCGACGGCGGCAGCUUGAUCCUCUGCCGGGGGGGCCCCCCCUGCGCCUUUUUCUCCUCCCCGCAUCCCCCUUUGCUUUCAUGCAACGCCUGGUGGCCUGGGACGCAGCAUGCCUCCCCAUCCAGCCGCCCGCCUUUAAAUCCAUGGAAGUGGCUAAUUUCUAUUACGAGGCGGACUGUCUGGCUGCGCUCAACAAGCUGCACCCGCGGGCGGCCGGGGGCCGCUCCAUGACCGAGCUCACCGUAGGGGACCACGAGAGAGCCAUCGACUUCAGUCCCUACCUGGACCCCUUAGCAUCCCAGCAGCCGGCGCAGCCGCCGCCUCCCGCAGCAGCAGCAGGGGGCAACUUUGAGCCUCCCUGCACCAGCGGCGGCGGCCAAGAUUUCCUUUCCGAUCUCUUCGCCGAGGACUAUAAAGGCAGCGGCGGGAGCAAGAAGCCCGACUACACCUACAUCAGCCUCGCCCGGCACAGCCACCCCUGCGCCAGCCAGAGCCACAAGCCGGGGGGGCUGCCGGGCUGCUUCCCGCCCCAGAUCGUGGAGACCAAAGUGGAGCCGGUCUUCGAGACCCUGGACUCUUGCAAAGGGCCCCGUAAGGAAGAAGGGGGAGCCGGGCCGGGACCGGGGGGCAUGUCCUCACCCUACGGCAGCACCGUGCGCUCCUACCUGGGUUACCAGUCGGUGCCGAGCGGCAGCAGCGGGAACCUGUCCACCUCCUCCUCCUCCAGCCCCCCCGGCACCCCCAACCCCUCCGAGUCCUCCAAGUCCGCCGCGGGCGGCGGGGGCUACUCCGCUCCCCCGGCGGGCAAGAACAAGCCCAAGAAGUGCGUGGACAAGCACAGCGACGAGUACAAGCUCCGCCGGGAGAGGAACAACAUCGCGGUGCGCAAGAGCCGCGACAAAGCCAAAAUGCGCAACCUGGAGACGCAGCACAAAGUCUUGGAACUGACGGCCGAGAACGAGCGGCUGCAGAAGAAGGUGGAACAGCUAUCCCGGGAGCUGAGCACCCUCAGGAACUUGUUCAAACAGCUGCCCGAGCCCCUGCUCGCCUCCUCGCCUCGCUGCUGACCGCCGGCCGGGCCGUGGGGCGAGCGGAGCCGCCGCUCCUCGGGGGCCGGGCCGGGGGGGAGCCAGGAGGGGGGUGUCGGUCGGUUUGGUUUUUAAUUUUGUUGUUGUUUUUGGUCUUUAUUUACAUGUUGGCGGAAGGCUCCGCCGCGGCGCGGGGAUCUCACCGGGGGCCGGGGGCUGUCAGCGGGGCGGCGCGGUGGGGUUGGCGGCCCCGGCCCUGGGCAGGCUCUGCAGGCUGCUGGGCGCUGGGGUUAUUUAAAAGAGCGAGAGGAGAGCAAGGGCGAAGUGAUGCAAUCCUUUAAGCAUGGCUGGGAAUGCUGUGUACAUGAUGCAAUCUCGUGUAACUGUCAGUCAUGAAUCGAGUAAUCUGUUAAAGAUGUUCCUACAGUUUUUUUUAUUAUAAAGAAUAAUCUAUUUCUAUAAGAAAAUACAUAUGUAUAUUUUGGGAUCUAUGCAUUCUUGCUACAUUUGAAGCAUUAAUGAACAAUUUUAAUAAACUUUAUGUCUAGGUUAAAAAAAGUAGCUUGUUUUAUUUUGCAGGCACGUUUAAAGGUAGAUUAAGCACAGGGUUGAAAUUCGAGCUCAAUCUGGCUUAAUGCCAUGAUCAGGGAUCAGGAUUUUAGUUGGGUCUUUUUACUUUUUCUGUGACACAGAGAAAAAAAAAUAACAACAAAAACAAAAUCCAAAACCCCCAAGAGAAAACCAGGAAGGAGCAGAGCUGGGACUUAGUUCUUGUUGCCUCAUUUUAUUUCCUCUAAUCACUUGCUUUAGCUGCCACUUGGGUGUUGUUUGGGGAGGAGGUGUUUGUGUUUGGUUUCUUUUGCACUUCUUGCUGUUCCAAACGUGUAGAGCAAGAUGUGCUAUCCAAACCAUGACCAGUCUUUGGCAAAGUUACACCAAGCCUGAAGUGGGAGGGAGGAAGAAAAAGUAAGGGAGGAAGCUUACAAUAAGUUUUUGUUUGUUUGUUUGUUUUUCUUUACAGAGUUUCUAUUCUCUAAAUUAUGAUUUGCAUUUCUUAUUUUGGAGUUUACAGGAAUAAACAUGAGAAAGUAGCAUUUCUGUUGGAUGUCGGUAAUUUCGGUCAUUGCUCAGGAAGCUCUCAUGCAACCCAGCCAGGUGAGAGGGGUAUGAACAACUCCCUUAUCUUUUCUCUUGAGACAUUCUUCUAAAAUCUGUAGAUGGAGUUUCUCUGAUCAGAGGUGUUUGUUUCUGUGUGAAUGUGUGUUUGCUGGGGGGCACGAGGCAGAUCAGUGGGGGGUUUGGCAGAGGAGGUGGCAGAUCAAGCUGUAACUGUUUUGAGAACUAAGGCUCUGCCAACCUGUGGAACACGCCAGCUGGGCAGGACUCCCAGGCUGUGUUACUUCCCCCCCUGUAUGCUUCUGUGUCCAGGUCUCCAAGUAGUUAACAGUAUCAAGCUGGUUAUGUGGAGGGAGCUGGGCAAAUGAUAGGGUCUUACUCAGCAUUUUCCAUUUUCCUGUUAGGCCAAACUCAAGCUUUUAGAUCUAGAUUUCCAGCGCCCCAGAAAAGACACUCCUAUGGCCUGUCUGGCAACUGCACACAGAAGGGGUAUUCAGGAUAAAGACAGUGGACUUGAAUUUGUGUUUAUACAUUGCAAUACAGACAAGAAGGACAAAUCCUCAAGUUGCUAGUUGCUUCUUCAAGCAAAGCAUGCUCUCUCCAGGAAGAACUGUUUUUCUUUUUUUGAUGCUUGCAAUCAUAGCCUUCUGUGGCUGAAUCUCCCAGAACUCUUAUUGAAAUUUAUUUCACAUUCCUUGCUCCCACAAUACCUCUGUACCUCCGGCUACGAGCUGUGCAGAUGUAAGUAGUGGAGUGUUAAUCUUGAUCCAGAUUUCUCCCAUUUGCUCUUCAAUUCAUACAGUGCAGUUAAGUUGUUUUUAUGAGACCCUAAGAAUAGAUUUUCCCGGGUGAGCUCGCUACUGCACUAGCAUGACUCAAGUUCUUGCAGGCAAGAUAGAUGUUAGAUCUUGUCUUGACUGUCCCUCGUGACAAUGAUUACUCCAGCCUCCUGUGGCUGUUUAUUCUACUAUUCUUCUAGUUACGAAACUUAUCCACAUCGUUAGAUCCUAUUUUCUUGUUGUGCUGUAGGCCAUGUAAUGUUACCCAAACUUUCAAACAGUGUUCCCAGUCAGAAUCCAGUGCUGCUGAGGGUGGAAUUGCUGGAGGACUGAAGAUGUCCUCAGAUACACUUCUUUCUUUUUUUUCCUUUUGUCUUUCUUUCCUAAUGACAAAGCUUCCAACAAAGUUCAGUUUGUGGAGGCUGGAAGGCAGGGUAGACUGAAAGAUAAGAUGUACUAAAGGUAUUUAUAUCUGUUUAAAAGUCCAGUUUUGGGGACAGAGCUCUAUCAGAUAUGAACAA